UAGUGUAGUUAUUUAUCCGUUCCAAUAGUGGUUGUAGACGGUGCUAUAAAAACACACUUGUGACGGCAUUUUCACGAGUGCUGAAGUGCGCCUGUUUUUUGGAAUGUUAUUGAUCCCCUUUUCUAUGCUCCAACAUGCUGGAUACUAAGCCUGUGAUACCAAGAAGACCCAAGAAGACACUCGAUAAAGAGAAAUCCCAUUCAUCCAACUUCAGUGAUGCGGAACUCCCUGAUGGUACAAGCGUCCCUUUGAACGCUGCACCAACUCAGAAUGAGGAGGAGAGUCUUGCUACAACUUCAGAAAACAACGACCUAAUUCCGUCGAGCAUUAUAAGCCAUAUCGAACCAGAGGGUCCAAAGAUCCCAAAGAGGCCCGUCAAGAAGAGUCUGAGCCCAACUGGCCCAGUCGUUGACGAAGAGGGCCCCAAGAACAACGACGUGGCGGCUGACAAUAACCACUCAAUUGAGCCAGAAUCAAAGCUAAUUUCCGAAUUGUAUACACCUAGAGAAUCGCAGGAUGAUCUAUUGGAAGGUGAUGGAGACGGCGACAAAACUCCAGGCAAUUCGAACACGAAGAUCACCUUCAAGGACCAAGAAGACGACAGUGGUGCACCAGUUGCUGAUUCAUCUAGUUUCGAUGAUGAUGUUGAGACUGUAUCCCAGGAUAAAGAAGAGGGUUCACUUGAAGAACUGCGUCAAACUGGUGUCAUCGAAGAUCAAUUGACUCUUCCCGAAAAUUCUGAGAGUGUUUCACAAGCUGUCGUUGACGAACAGAGCGAGGCUGAUACCCCAAACGAAGAUGCAACUCUUCAAGAGGUAGAACCAAUUGAUAAAGAGCAAGAUUCAGAGGAAAUAAACCGAGUUUCUGAAGAUACUUUGGCUAGCGUCAUAAGCUCAAAUGCAAAUCCAGAGAACAGCACUAUGGACCACGUUAAUUUAGCAUCGAAUUCCGAACUAGAAGCACCAGCAGCUUCCAAUGAACUGGAAUUUGCAGGAUCCAACGAAUCUCUAAAAAGUGAACAUGGUGAAGGAACAACAGAAUCUGGAUCAGUGCAACCGCAAAUUGCGAAAGUACCACUAAUUCCUAGUAGACCUAAGAAAAAGGAAGAAAGCACUCCAUCUCAAGGCUCUGAGUCCGAGUCUUCAAAUCCAGUGACCCCAGCCAUUCCGACCCGUCCCAAGAAAUUUAAGCCUGAAGUUAAGGAAAAGGAAGAAUCAGAGGUUAGUAACGAAGAAAAGACAAAAUCCAAGCCACCACCUCCUAAGCCAAAGAAAUUGUCCUCAAAAAUAGCUGCUUUCCAACAAAUGUUCACACAACAAGCACUGCCAUUACCUAAACCUUCUACACCCCAAGAAAGACCUGAUGGUUCUAACUCGAAUAAAUUGUCUACAGAUAAAAUGAAAUUUGCAGCAAACUUGCAAGGGAUGUAUGGAAGAGGAAUUGCUUUGCCAGGUAUGGUAAAUCCUCACAUGCAGAGUCUACAAACAGGGGAAUCUAAGGAAACAACCGAGACAGGUGAUGAAAAGGAAACAGAACCAAAACCCAUAGUUAAUGAAAGAAGAGCCAAAGGGCCAAGAGGAAAACGAUUACCAAAAGCCUUGAAGGAUCCAGUGAAGGUAGAAGCCAAGACUCGGUUCAAUAUCGUUACUGGUGAGAUUUGGUCGAUUGCUGUGUCUGCUCCUAAGAGUGACGUGUCAGAUGGUACGCCAAUCGAUCCUGCAGAAUCUUCUAGUGAAAUAUCCGAGAUUCUUAGUACGUAUCACACUGAAGAUUUGACUCCAAAUACAGAGAUUGCUCCCAAGUUUAACCCUGAAAUCCAAGACAGUGAGGAAAAACAACCUGCUGGAUUGAAUAUCGUUAAUGAUGACGAUCUGGUUCAGGUAAGGGAACCCGACUCUGCAGAUCCAAAAGACAUGAUUAGUGUCGAAACUUCUGUGUUGGAGACAUCUCAACAACAAGCAGGUUCAGAAGAAAUUAUCUAGAUUGUUUAUAUUUUGAAUCAAUAAUAU